AUGGAGCCUAUCAAAAACACCAAUGCAGAUAACAACACAGAGGCUCAACAAACCAUGGACGAACACUUGGAGAAAAUAGUCCAAGAUUUCAACGAAUUCCGGGAGAAGAUGUCUGGGAAAAAUUCGAACGAGCCCAUGAAACUCGAAGACCUCGUCGACUUGUACAUCGACAACGGCUGUGAGAAUUAUUCACACGCCGAGCCACAGGCCAAUCAUGAUCAGUUCACCACACAACAACACGUGGGACCCAUUGAUUCUGAAAGUCAAGAGAACUUUCAAACUUACGAAGAAGAAAACGUGAAUUUGAACUUCGAUUUCGGUCCAGACAGUGAUGGGGUGACUUACAUUAGAUAUGGUGAUCUGAACUAUGAAGGGGCAGCUGGCGAGUUUAUCGGCAGCAUUUUUGGCGGCGAGGUGAAUUUCUGGUGGCGGUGGGUGGGAGGGACUGCCCGGAGGGAACGGACAAAGAGGAAGUACACAAGGGGGCUCAGAAGGACGAGGAGACUGCUAGUCGUCUGA